AUACGCAUUGCUUCUUCUUUUUGAGUUGUGUGGUGGGAGUCCAUUUUAACGAUUUUGUCCCCAUGCUUUCGCCAAUGCUGUUAUAAUAAUACCUCUCGUUUCCUAUCAAUUUCCAGAUCAAGAUAAUUGAUAAUUCUUUAUCAUUGAUACGCCAAACUAUGCCAGCCAGGCGCUGAUUCGCGCUCAAAACCGAAGACAGCGAAUAUAUUCUCUUCCCAGUCGCAGAUACAUCGUCGUCGUGUUGUCGCCGGAACCUCUCCGGCGACAGUUAGUUCCUUAAGCUACCUGCAUUGUCCGGAAAAACGAUGGAUCUUGCACUUCUGGGCUCUCUUUUCGCUGCCCUUUUGGGUUUCUUCGUCUUCUGUCGUUAUGGGCUGUCAAGAAAAGAUAAAAAGGAUUGUUCGCCGGGGAAUGGAAAUAACGCCGCCUCCGCCUCCGCCACCUCUACCACUACCACCACCGAUUUUGAUGGCGGAGACGUCUCGAGGGACGGUGGGUACGAUGUCAUCAUUGUUGGUGCUGGUGUCGCUGGCGCUGCUCUCGCUCACACUCUUGGAAAGGAAGGGCGCAGGGUUCGUGUCAUUGAAAGAGACUUGACUGAGCCUGACCGAAUUGUUGGAGAACUCCUACAACCUGGUGGUUACCUGAAGCUGAUUGAGUUAGGACUGGAAGAUUGCGUGGAGGAAAUUGAUGCUCAGAGGGUAUUUGGGUAUGCUCUGUUCAAGGACGGAAAAGCCACUCGGCUCUCUUAUCCUUUGGAAAAAUUUCAUUCUGAUGUAUCUGGGAGGAGCUUCCAUAAUGGACGCUUUAUACAAAGAAUGCGUGAGAAAGCUGCAUCUCUUCCAAAUGUUCAACUGGAGCAAGGAACAGUCACAUCUCUUCUUGAAGACAAUGGAACCAUAAGAGGAGUACAAUACAAGACAAAAUCUGGCGAAGAGUUGAAAGCUUAUGCACCUUUGACCAUCGUCUGUGACGGCUGCUUUUCCAACUUACGACGCUCCCUUUGUAAUCCAAAGGUGGAUAUCCCGUCUUGUUUUGUUGGUUUGGUCCUUGAGAACUGCCAACUUCCUUUUGCAAACCAUGGGCAUGUCAUCUUGGCAGAUCCAUCACCAAUCCUGUUUUACCCCAUCAGCAGCACAGAAGUUCGCUGCUUGGUUGAUGUUCCUGGUCAGAAGGUGCCUUCUGUAUCAAAUGGUGAAAUGGCCAACUAUUUGAAGACUGUAGUGGCUCCGCAGGUCCCUCAUGAACUGCAUGAUGCUUUUGUUUCUGCUGUCGAUAGAGGAAAUAUAAGGACAAUGCCAAACAGAAGCAUGCCGGCUGCUCCUCAUCCCACUCCAGGGGCUUUGCUAAUGGGGGAUGCUUUCAACAUGCGCCACCCAUUGACUGGUGGAGGAAUGACUGUGGCCUUGUCAGAUAUAGUUGUAUUACGCAACCUCCUUAGGCCUCUGCACGACCUGAAUGAUGCAUCUGCUCUUUGCAAAUAUCUUGAAUCCUUCUAUACUUUGCGGAAGCCUGUGGCAGCCACAAUCAACACAUUGGCAGGUGCCCUUUACAAGGUUUUCAGCUCUUCACCUGAUCAAGCACGAAAGGAGAUGCGCCAGGCUUGCUUUGACUAUUUGAGCCUAGGAGGCGUAUUCUCCAAUGGACCAGUGUCUUUGCUUUCAGGUUUGAACCCUCGUCCUUUAAGCUUGGUUUGCCAUUUCUUCGCAGUGGCUAUAUAUGGUGUUGGCCGAUUACUGUUACCUUUCCCGUCACCCAAACGAAUGUGGAUUGGAGCCAGAUUAAUAUCGGCUGCAUCAGGUAUAAUAUUUCCUAUCAUCAAGGCAGAAGGGGUCAGGCAAAUGUUCUUCCCAGCAACUGUCCCUGCUUAUUACCGUGCUCCUUCUGCUCACUGAAUGUCGCUCGAGCAAAAGCCGGAAGAACAGCAAGUCCAUGAACGGCAACUUAGUACUCCCAAUCUGUCAUAUUUUUUGCAACUAGUUCCCUUGUUUCCGUUAUCUUGUUGCAUUAGUUAUUUGUUGUAUUUGGAUGUUGUGAUGCUGACAAACACAAAUAGGAACAUUUUGGCCGCCAGCAAUAUCUUGUCUUGUUGAACACUUUCUUCAAGAAAAUAACAGUUGUAUCCAUCUAAGUACUUGGAUUCA